AGGGAAGGGGCGUGGCCACCGGGCGUGACCGGGAGGCCCGGGGAAAGGAUGGGUGCUCUGGUGCUGGUGCUGUGAGCAUUGCAAGGAGGCCGGGUUGGCGAACGGAGGCGCCCCGCGGAGCUAUGGUUGGCACUGCUGGCAUUGGCAGCCAUCACCAGCCGUUUGGGCGGGGAUGUAUUUGGCAUUGGUCUCCCACCCAAAACAGACGAUUAGAGUGGAGACUGACAACUAUCUGGUGCCAAAUUGCCCUUGGAUCCUCAAGAGAUACUGAUAUCCAUCAGCCUACACCAUUGCACCUAGCAGCAGUUCUCAAAAGAUAGUCUUUAAAAAAUAAACACAAGCCCUUUCCAGGAUGUUUGCAAAAGCAACAAAGAAUUUUGUGAAAGAAGUUGACUCUGGGGGAGACUUGAUUCCUGUCCCGAGUCUGAAUAACUUGGAUAACCUGCAGUUCUUGAGCUUAGUGACAAAGAAGAAGAAAACGUGGUGCUGGCAGAAGCCAAAGUACUAUCUGUUGUCAGUCACACUGAAUGAUGUGCUUGCCAAGGGCGAACCCAUAGAGCCAGUUGUUGCAGAAUCAGACUUCGUGAAAUAUGAAGGGAAAUUUGAAGACUACGUCACAGGAAGCAUUGAAACUUCAUUUGGAAGAAUUAAUCUGGGGGCUGGAGGAAGAGGUGUUGUGAAAAGCCAGUCAUCUUUUGGAAAUCUGAAAAAGCAAGAAGCUGAUUUGCAACAUCUUUUGAAGGAUGUCAAAGGAAGAGCGAUAAACAUACAACAUACCUUGCUGCAACAAAUGCUUGAAAGAAAGCAUGAAGUUCUUUGUAUCCUGACAGAAAGAAUAGUAACAACUCAGAAAUGUUUAAUAUCUGAGCAUGUUCAGACAGAAGAAAAAAUCGCCAGCAUGGUGGGGAUCAGCACAAAAGUUAUCAAGGUAUCAGUGAGUGAAGAUGGGAAUGUGAUUAAGGAUUCUAAUGUGAUCCUGGAGAUCCCAGCGCCCACAGCUAUUGCUUAUGGUGUGAUAGAACUGUAUAUAAAACGUGAUGGUCAAUUUGAAUUCUGCCUGCUUCAUGAGCAACAGGGCGGCUUUGAAAAAGAGAGUGCAGAAGAAAGAUCUUUUCCAUCGGUAGCCUUCAGGGAUAGUCUCUUCCCCCAUAUUCUAGAUGCUGUCGAUAAUGAAAAACAGCCUGAUCCUGAAAGCCUUAUCCCCAGUGAUGCUUCACUAAGCAUUUUGACCAAAGAUGUCUUACACAUAAAGACCCAAUUUCAGCCUUUUGUGAAGCUUUCGGAGGAAAACCAGGAAGCCUUAUACCGAAUACUCUGUGAACUUCUGCUUCGUGAAGAAGUUGUAACUCAAUUGGAGGAUGUGCUGGACAAUAUAUGUUCUACAGACAAUCCAGAACUUAAAGUCAUGCCGGACUUAAAGCCUCCAGAAGAACCUACUAUAGAAGAGUUCUUACAACUUUUAGGAAUCGGUUUGCUCAAGAAAGAGUUGAUGCAGAAAGUUCCUCCACUCCAGAAUAAGGAACUCCUCUUAGCUGCUCACUUCCUCCUCAGUGCUGUGGCAGAACUCUCUGAUUAUGCCCUUGUCCUUCUACGCGCCUGUUGUGAUCUUCAGGUUCUCCGUAUACUGUGUCGCUUGCCCGAUAUGGCCUCGAGGGAUGGCACACUGACACUUGAAGACCCAAUGCUGGCUCCACUCGCCGAUGCAGGGAAGUUCUGGCUAGUGCAAAGGCUGUUUGCUUUAUCAAACAUUAACCUUGAAAUGACAGAGUCUUCCAUCAGAGCUGUAACCACUAAGAAACCCAGAUUUUUCCCUAUCAUUCUUUAUAUAGCAUUGUAUGGACUUUGUGCAUUAGGCAGUAAAACAACUCAGGCUUGAAGGUAGUAGCUUGGAUGGUUUAAUAGCAGAACUGACUGUGUUAUUUAAUACCUGUGUUCAAAAUAGAGUUGCAUUAGACUGAUUUGCAUCAAUGACAUGGCAGCAUCUGCAAAUAAGCAGUAUUGUUGAUGCAUGGUAGGUUGAAAAUGGACAGUUGUGGAGAGGCAACAUCAUGCAAGGGUACUUCAUAAAGUGAGAGAGAGAAAUUGCUUUAUUAACUAGAGUUUGUAUGUGCUAGAGUUUUGUGAACCUGAACAACACACUAGAAAUAAGUUCUGGAUCCAGCUAUUUCACUUUCCUGCCUUGGGGAGAGGAUGACAGCUCUGUUUCUGAGCACAUGCUUUGAAUGCAAAAUGUUCUAAUGUUGAAUUCUUGGCAUUGCUGGUCAAGCUGGGAAAGACUCCAGGCUGAACUCGUGAAAAGCCUUUACUCUAACGAUAUCCCUUUUAGUAGCUCCAUGUUUUUCCAAGUAUCAUGCAAUAAACUGAGUAAUAUUAUCCAA